ACUGUCAGUGUCAUUUGAGUUUGACGGUCAAAGAUCAAUACGAUUUAUAUUUUUAAAUUUUAAUUCAAAGAUUACAGUGUAUUAUUUGUUUUAAUUCAUAAUCAUACCUUUGUAUUUGUGAAUUGGAUAGUUUGUUUUUGUAAUGUUGUACGUAAUUAUAUGUAAAUCCCUAAAUAAAAUCAAUUCUUAAUGUAUUUUGUAAAUUAUCCUUUAUAUUCAUAAUUAUAAGUACAAGGAGUCCUAUGUUUUGAAGAACAAAAUGUCUCACAAAUAUAAAAUGGGAGAUAAGAAAUCUAAACAGAGUAAAGCGGAUAUUGCUAAACAAUUCGACUUGCCCGAGAGGCAAUCGAAGAUCACUUCGUUGCUAAACCAAGCUGGGCAGGCAUAUUGUAUUUGCCGAUCCUCCGACAGCUCCCGGUUCAUGAUAGCUUGUGAUUCUUGUGAGGAAUGGUAUCAUGGAGAUUGCAUAAAUAUAUCAGAGAAAGAAGCUAAAUUUAUUAAGAAUUAUUUUUGUGAUCGCUGUCGAGAUGAAGAUUCAGGCCUGACAACAAGAUUUAGGCCAAAGAAGAGAGAAAAUGACGCUGAUUCAGGAAAAGAUGAUAGAAAGAAGAAACGCAAGGAAAAAGAUCACUCGGAGAACAAGUCAUCAAAAAAACCAUCUAAAGAUGGUUGCGGCGAGUGCGCUGGUUGUUUGCAGACACAUGAUUGUGGCCAUUGUGAUGCAUGCAAAGACAUGUCCAAGUAUGGUGGCUCCAACAAGCUCAAACAGAGGUGCCGACGACGGUUGUGUCUCAAGAGCAAGAAAUCAUCUAGGCUGUCAAGCAGCAGCCGCACAAAGAAGAAGCACGAGCGCGAAGUGUACGAGGCCGAGGAGUCCCUCUCGCACCUGCAGACGACGGAGCCGCGCCAGUGUUACGGGCCGCAGUGCACGCGCGCCGCGCAGUACGGCUCGAAGUACUGCUCCACGCAGUGCGGCAUGAACCUCGCCACCGCCAGGAUAUACCAAGUGCUACCACAAAGAAUACAAGAGUGGUCGUUGGCGCCAUGCGUGGCGGAGCAGCAGAACCGCAAGGCGCUGGAGGGAGUGCGCAGCAGCCUGGCGCGCGCGCAGGCGGCUCUGCGGACUCUGGACAAGCAGCACGUUGAGCUGGACAAGAUGGUCGCGCGCGCCAAGGUCGCCACCAUAGUGCUCAGUGAUGAUAAGGAGGCAGAAGACGAGACGUCUAUGUACUGCAUCACGUGCGGGCACGAGAUCCACUCGCGCACGGCGGUGAAGCACAUGGAGAAGUGCUUCGUGAAGUACGAGGCGCAGGCGUCCUUCGGCAGCCGGCACCGCACGCGCAUCGACGGCCAGAGCAUGUUCUGCGACUUCUACAACCCCAGCAACGCCACCUACUGCAAACGGCUGCGGGUGAUGUGUCCAGAACAUUUCAAGGACCCUAAAGUGAGCGACACCGAAGUGUGCGGAUGUCCGCUAGUGCGGAACGUGUUCGAGUCGAGCGGGGACUUCUGUCGCGCGCCCAAGAAGUCCUGCCUCAAGCACUACCAGUGGGAGAAGCUGCGGCGCGCUGAGAUCGACAUGGAGCGCGUGCGCCAGUGGCUGCGGCUCGAUGAGCUGGUGGAGCAGGAGAGGAACAUCAGGCUUGCCAUGGCCUCCAGAGCGGGUGUACUGGGAUUGAUGCUGCAUUCAACAUACAACCACGAGGCCAUGGAACGUAUCACGAAGGCCAACGAGAAUGGCAGUCUGAAGGAGACUUCCUGACAGGAGUCUGCCUCUAACUCGUCAAAGCCUUCCGCUAAGGCAACGGCGACUGUCACAAAAGAGGAGUAAAAUUGUAUUUUUCGCCAAAAUUGGUCAUUUGACUAAUUUUUACCCGACUGCCAAGAAGGGUUAUGAAUUUAUUGACUUAUAUGAGACUUUCGCUCAGACCAAUUAUUGUAUAGGACCUGCCUCGCUAGACGUUACUUUUCUGUUAAAGUAUAUGAUCAACGAUCUAAAAACUGUCUCUAUAGAAUCGAUGUUAAAUUUUUAUAAUGUUUGUAGUGUAAAAAAUACCUUUUUGUGUAAUUGAAUUAUGUAAAAACGGGCAAAAACUUCUAGUUUAGUAUAAGAUAUAUGCAAAAUCUAAGCUCGUUUUCCUCAGAAAAUGACUGACAAUUUUGUUUGUGACUAUGAGUGCGAUACAGGUCCUUCUAUAAUUGGUCUGAGAACUUUCGGGAAAAUUAAGUAAAUAUCUAAUAAUUUAUAUAUGAAUAAUAACGUGUCUAGUUGGUGUCGCGCCACGCGCAAUGUAGGGUUCCGUAGGUUAAAUUAACAGUUCAAAUCCUUAUGAUGCACAAAAAUACCGAUUGUAAUACACUAUAGCAUACACGAGAACAAAUCAUCCUCACUUUACCUCCACAAAAACCUCGAAAAAAGAAUUCCCAUUUCGUAAUAUACUCAAUAUAACAUCUCGAACUUUAUCACAAAGUUAUUCAGUCCUACAGGUCGUUUGAUAAUAAUUAUUACCACUCGGGUAAACUGUGCCACAAUUUUUUUUUAAUUUUUAAAUAUUUUCUUGGCUGCAGAAAUUCAGGCUUCCUUAUAAGAGGAAACAUCCAGUAGGCCACACCUAGACUAUAUCUAGAAGGCCACAAACCUCCUUAAUCCGGCCCUGUCGCAAAAUCGAUUUGUAAAGGGCGUCUGGAAACUAUAAACUAACUUCCUGUCAAAUUUCAAGUUUGUAGCAUUCAAAAUGAAGGACUUUCAUACAAACUUGCCAGAGCCUUUAGAUCUCUUUAAUCCGGCCUUAUCGCAAAAUCCGUUCUUAGCGGAUACUCACUAACUAUGGACUACCUCCCUGCUAAAUUUCAUGUUUGUAGGUCAAGCGGGACUCGAGAUUUAUUGACCUUUCGCAUUUAUACAUAUAUUUAAGAAGAGUUUUGUUAAUUAUUUUAUCAUGGUCGUAGUAAAAGUAUUGUAUGCCACUGCAUGUAAUUAGCCAUUGUAGCGCUCAUAGAGUAUAUCGUUAGUUGUUUUGAUUAUUAUGACUUUUAUAGGCAAAAAUUUGCUACCUUUGGUCAUAUUUGUUCUAAUUUAAAAAAUUAGAUUAAUUUGAUGUCUUAAACGUAUAUUAUGUAGAAAUGUAUAUAGUGUAAUCAUUUAUUAUGUAACUACUGUAUGUCCGCGACUUCGUCCGCCCUUAGAGCUCCUUAAUUAGGCUCUAUUUCAAAACCCAUUCUUAGUGGACACCUACCAACUAUUAUCUACCUCUCUGGCAAAUUUCAUCUUUAUACGUCUAACGGUUUUCGAGAUUUCGUGAUGAUGACCUUUCGCAUUUAUGUAUUAAGUCUAGCGAACGCCCGCAACUUCGUCCGCUUGGAAAUUACGUUUAAAUGCGAAAGUAAGUCUGUCUGUCUGUCACCUUUUCACGGCCAUACCGCUUAACUGAUUUGGAUGAAAUUUGGUAUAGAGAUAAAUUGAACCUCGGAACAGAACAUAGGAUACUUUUUAUCCCGAAAAAGUCCAUGGCUCCCGUGGGAUUUGUAAAAUUGCCAUUUUCAAUCUCUCUUCGCGACAAAAAGUUACAUAAACAACCUUUACAUAUUUAUAUUAUGGUCUCAUUUAAAAAAUUAAGGAAAUAUUCUUUCUUUUUCUCUAUAUCUAUACUAAUAUUAUAAAGAGGUAAAGUUUGUAAGUUUGUAAGUUUGUCACAUUUUUUAAAUGGGGUAAUCUUCGGAACUACUGGUCCGAUUUUAAAAAUUCUUUCACCAGUAGAAUGCUACAUUAUCGGGGAGUGCUAUAUUUUAUAUUGGUAUCAUAUAUAUUAGCCGAGUUAUCACAGUUUUUGUCAUACAGGUCGGACUGAAAAUCCUCUUAAACUGACUUAUUCGCAUGCGCUGCCUUAACUAUUGUGUAAAAUUGAAAUUAAUGUACAUAGACUUUAUGUAUCUUUAAAAGUUCUACAAAAAAGUCCGCGACACCAUAUAUCUAUCUUCUAUAUAUUAGCAGAUAUAGUACCUUUUGUGUUUUAAAAAUUAUUAAUUUUAUAUACUUGGGUUAACGUCAUUAUUUAUACAACUAAACUUUAAUCCUUAUUAAAAUAAAUUAUUUAAUAAUCACCAGGAUAUUAUGGAGAUACGAUUUGCCCUUUACAGUAUGUUAAUUAGUUAAAUAGUUUCGGAGAUAAUACGAAAUUUCUAAAAGACGCAGAAAUUCCGCUAUCUGACGCCCGGCGCUUUCAUUUACGUAGUUUCCGUUCCCGUGUGAAUAUGGGGAUCAAACAUAGCCUAUGACACUCGCAAAUAACGUAGCUUUCUAUUGGUAAAACAAUUUUCCAAAUCGGUCCAGUAGAUCCAGAGAUUACCUCCUACAACCACACGAACUUUACCUCUUUAUAUUAUUAGCAUAGAAGUCUCUAUUUCUCUUGGUCAUACCACCACUCUCGAAGGACUGGACCGAUUUUGCUAAGGGUAGGAGUAAGAUAGAGAAGUUACAGGGUAGGGUAGGGUACGGGUAGGGAAGCGUAGGGGUAGGGUAGGUUUAGGGCCGGGUUUAGGGUAGUGGUAGGGUAGGGGUAGAGGUAGGGUAGUGGUAGCUUGAGGUACGGGUAGGAUAGGGAAGUGGUAGGG